CGACUCGCUUCUCCGCGGCUACUGCCUCACUGUUACCGCUGGAGACACUUUCAGCAGCCUCUUUGCUUACCUGUCAGACGAAUUUAUUGACUCUCUCGAGCGUGUCUGCCUAAGCCUUUUCCUCGCCGGCCUAGUUCCGUCGAGGCAGGGCCUUGGACCCUAUCUGAUAUUCACCAGUGCCCAGCGAGGCUGAUCCCAAGUAAUACGUCGCGGUUCCCACCAUGUCGUAUCUACAACAACAGAUCAAAAGCUUCAACGCAAAUGUCGUUGACGCCGCGGGGCGCCUCCCCCAGCAGAAGCGCACCGCUGGCAGCAACGGCGUCGUCGCGGGAUCUGGGGUCUCUGCCAGCAGUUCCCAGCCUCCAUCUUCAGGAACUUCUACACCUACUGGCGAUCCAAAACGACGGCGGCAUGAUGCGGAUAUUGUGUACUCGCAGCCCGCGAACACAGGCACGGGCAAGGAUAUCAUGACGCAGGUCCUCUUUGCGAUUGAGCACAUGAAAGCGAAGGGCGUACCUCUCAAGUUCUCCGAUAUCGUCUCAUACCUCUCCCUCCAGCACCGCGCGAAUGAUCAGGGAUAUAUCCAUGCUCUCCGUAGCAUUCUCCAGGUUCACGAGAAGGUUCAAUAUGACCCGAAGGGCGCCAACGGCGAAGGCACGUUCAGCUUCCGUCCGCCGCACAAUAUCCGCAACGCGGAACAGCUGUUGAAGAAGUUACAGUCGCAGCCCACGGCCGCUGGUAUGAACGUACGAGAGCUUCGAGAGGGUUGGCCCAACGUGGAAGACACGAUCAACCAGCUGGAGAAGGAAGGAAAACUGCUCGUUACGCGGAACAAGAAGGACGACCACGCCAAGAUGGUGUGGGCCAAUGAUCCGUCCCUUAUGCAACGCUUUGACGAUGAAUUCAAGCAGAUCUGGGAGAAGAUCAAGGUUCCUGACCAGCAGACUGUGACGGAGGAGCUGGAAAAGGCCGGUAUCACUCCCACGAACAAGAACAAGGUCGUCAAGGCGCGGCCAAAGUUUGAAAUGAAGAAGACCAAGAAACCUCGACGAAGUGGUAAAACCACCAAUACCCACAUGAUGGGUAUCCUGAGAGACUACUCUCAUCUGAAGCGGUAGACGAGCAGAGCCUACGUCUGGAAGCCUCUUAUUUCCGGGCUCAAACAAUCCUGCAUCUGACUUAUGAAUGAUCAAUUUGCAUUUCCCGGCGCUCUGGUUUAGUUCGGCUUGGUCUGGUCAAGUUAUCGGGGACCUCUAUCCCUUCUUCUAUUCCUUUUUCAUUUUUCUUUUUUUUUUCCUGCACUCCUGCUUCAUCUAGAACAUGCCCUCGAAGAAAAACGAGGCUGACCAUAUUGUCUUAUGUGUUCGUUUACGACUUUUAACUUGACAUCAACUCAGUACCACCAAAGAAACAAUUCUACUAACACCAACAAAACAGGACAUGUCUAUUCUUUCCACUACACUGCACUUGAAGCGCGGAUUUAUUGGAACAUAAAUCAUAAAAAAUCAAAAAUCAGAUACCCCUUAAAGGAAAAGAGAAAUAAAAAUUGAAUAUCA